AUGUACGGCGGACGCCAAGGAACUGAGCUCGCCGCGUACUCGAAUAUAGACUGCGUUUGGACCGACGAUCGGUGCGUGGAAAUCAUGCUGGGAGGCGCUUCCUUGAUGUAUAGUCUACUCAUGGAUAUUGGUAGACCAACGAGUGGUUACAGGGAUCUUCGCGGACAACCAAGGUGUCAUGGCAUUAGCAAGAACGGUGGAUAUCAAGCUUGCCCCAAGCGCACCGACAUUUGCAAUCAUUUCAUUCGCGAGAAGGUUGGAAGUGGUCAAGAUAUCCUGGCCUAUGAGAAGUCCAAAACCCAACUUGCAGAUUUCGUGACGACAGUCCUUUCAUCCAUGACGCUACACUACUCGAUGACGCACAGAAACAUUGUACCAUGA